UUUUAUUUUAUUUCUGCAGGUGCUGUGUGAAAGCUAUUAUGCACAUUUAGGCAUUAGCUUUUCAGGGAAAUGGGAAAGCCAAAUAGUCUUUCUUGUAGCAGUGAUCAAGCUUGCUAUCUGUAUUCCUGAUGGAAGAGCUGAAGUUAAAGCCACAGAGCCACCUGCUAGAUGUGAAGAUCCAUCAUAACCUGGAAACAAGAGAAUUCCAGCUUUAUCUUGAACACUGGGAGAACUUUCGAUAUGGUGCUGAGGGGGAAGUCUGCUGCUUCUGCCAAGGGUAUUAUGGCCCAAAUUUUGGUGCCACAGUCUGCCCUACCUGCCAUUCCUUUUUAUUUCCUGCUGACUCAGAUGAUCCCUCUUUGGAAGUGGGAAUGAAUGCUGAGAAGUUUGAAGACUCAGACAGUGGGAAUGAAGAACCCACUGAGCUCAACCAUGUCACUCACAGUAAUGCCCCUGAAAUGAGGAGUGACCUGGGAUAUAAGUCUAUCAUAUUCCAGUGUAGGCCUGCAAAGCAGUCAAAUAGACCUCUUCUCCAGCCAAACCCUCUUGCCGAAAGGAUAUCCAUGCUGACAUCCCCCAGGCCACCAGAAGAAGAGGACAUCUCUCCAGAUUUCCUUCUCUCUUUGCCUACAGAAGUGCUGCUGAAAGUCUUCUCCUAUUUAGACGACCUUUCUCUCUACUGUGCCUCAUUAGUGUGUCAGCGAUGGUUCCACAUUCUAUCAACUGAGGUGGGGACACGGGAAUGGCGCACACGCACGCUUCAGCGCUGGCCCUUGUUUCGCUUCCCAUCCCCCCCAAACUCCCCUGUGCUCCCAUGGAGACAUAUCUAUGCCAACCUGGUUGACAGUGCACCUUGCCUCUAUUGCCUGCACCAGAUCUCAUUGCACCUGUGUAGGGAUGAAGGCUUGGCAUCAUCCUUGACAAUGUCCUUGACUUCUUGUGAUAGCAAGAGGGUCCUGACCCGGAUCAGUGGGAAAGUGCCUCGUGGUGACCACCGUUCCAUGUGGCGCACAAAUCGCUUGCAGACUGAAGUCAGGGUCAUGGCAGUGGAACCCCCUGAGGGUAUCCAAGCUAAGCCUCUUGACUCUUACUAUGUGCACUGGCAGGCAUCCAUUGUUGGUCCCUCCAACAGUCCAUAUGAGGGGGGCUGUUUCUACCUUUACAUCCAGUUGCCCUGUGACUACCCCUUGAAGCCACCAUUGGUGCGGUUUCUGACAAAGAUCUUCCAUCCAAAUGUGAGUCGGCAUGGAGACAUUGGGAUCGACUGCAUCCAGAGGCACAACUGGUCUCUUGCCCUCACCCUCUCCAAAAUUCUUAUCAGUAUCCAGAGUCUACUGACUGAUCCAUAUUGCUAUGUCUGUAUGGAACCAGCAAUUGGAGAGCUGUAUUUGCGGGAACCACAGAGGUUCAUGCAUAUUGCAUCGGCCUGGACUCGCAAAUAUGCCAUGCAAGACUUGCUUCUCCUGUGAUGCCACAGUUGCCAUUUUUUUAAUUCUGCAUAAGUAUUUCAUUGGCCCAAGUUAAAAAAGGAGCAAAAUUCUGCCUGAGAUGGGCUUCCAGCUAUCAUCAAAGAACGAUGUGGUACCUUGUGCUGUUUGUGGAUCUGUCCUUUGGGGAGAGUUACUAAAGUUGAUUGUUUGCUUAUAAA